AUGAUGUCAUCGGAGGAGGAGACCGACUGUUUCGCCCUCUACGGAGCAACCGCGGAUAGUAAGCAACAGCAACUCCUGAAGAAACAGAAGCGCACCAGACAGCGCGUGGACGCUGGUGAGCCGCGCAACAGUUACUCUAGUAUACCAAACUUCAGUUCACGUCCAACAUUUCUUGGUAGUGGUAUUUACGGUGCUAUAUUCAGUGGUACAGGCCCACCAACUAGUCAUCAACAAUCAUCACCACAGGGACAAACACCAACAUCACAGCAACAACAACAAUCACCACAACUCCAGCAACAGUCUGGAGCAGGAGGUAAUCAAGGUCACCUCGCAACAACGACGGGGCCGACCACACAGCAUUCUGCCCACGCGGCAUUUGGCUUUUUUGGGCCACAGAGUUUUGGCCAAGCCAAGAUGCUUAACGAGCUCCUUGGUAGACAGGUCAAGCAGGCCAGUGACGCUGGCGGUUCACCACCAGAGGGUAGUCACGGUAUGACAGGUGCUGGUAUGGACCAGACGACAAAUUUACAGCAGGGUAGUGUCGUUAAUUGUGACGAUCCUGCUGCUGCUGCUGAAUUAACGCAACACAUGUUGCGCGAUAUACUCCAGGGAAGAAAACUUUCAGCCCUUGCUGUACAGGAACAACCAAAUAAUAACAAUAGUAUACACAAUAAUAAUAACAAUACGACAGUGGAAUUAUUGAAAUCGCAGCAGCAUCAGCAACAGAGCCCAACGCAGUUACAUCAAAAUAGUGAUAGUGCGCGGGGUAUAAGUGGGACAGUGCAGAGUGGAGGGGAGGAGAGUGUUGAUGGUAAUAACGUUAACGCGAAUCAUAGUGAUCGGGAUACGGUGAUGCCAGGUGACGCUGAGGACAGUGCUGAGGAUGCAGCAUCGGCUGCGCGCGCCAUGGAAGAGGCCUUCGCGGAGGCUGGCAUGGAGCCUGGUGCUAAUUUAGAUGGUUCUGAUUGUGAACAAAGUUUACCACCGAGUCCGACGGCACAGCGACCGUGUUCGGUGACAGUUAAAGAGGAAUUGCACGACUCGAUGAGUUUGAAGAGGAGUCGAUCAUCGAGUCACUCACCCUGUCCAAUUUUACCAAAGACGGAGACGAGCUCGCCAACGACUGAGAUUAAGCGCGCUCGUGUUGAAAAUAUUGUCAGUACAAUGAGAAGUAGUCCAGCAUUGCAGCCAGUUAAUGGUUGUAAAAAGCGAAAACUGUAUCAUCCACAGCAGCAGACAGUGCAUCAUGUUAUACACCACAGUGUUAAUGACGCUAUGCUCGAUGUGGAUGAGGACGACAGUGAGGAGGAGGAGGAUCCUGCAACGAUAAGGCAGAAGAGAGAGGAGAAAGACAAUCUCAAGAGUCAAUUGAAACAUUUGCACGAGCAGCUGGCGGUGAUGCAGCAGAAGUAUCACGAGCUCUCGAGUCGUAUGGAGCCAGAGAGCAGUGAGAGCGGUGAAGCGCCAGCGAGUCCACAGAGAGAGGCACAACAACCGCCUCCGCGGCCGCCAAGACCCCAUCCACCACCAUACAACAGUCUCCCAUCACUGCCACCUGAUCAUCCACACGCAACAGCAGCAGCAAUGUAUCAUAUGGGCCAGAAACUCUACCUCGAACAGCAGCAUGCCGCCUUGGAGCGUAUGAAGCAGCAUCAGGAGGCAGCUGUCAGACAACAGGCGCAACAUCAAGCGCAACAACAGCAUCGCGAUAGGGAACAUUUGCGUGAUUCACACACACGACAACAAUCGCCACAACCAACGAGAGAUAUCCAGGAUCAGAGUCGAAGUAAUACGGGACCACUGACACCCCAAACACCCCAGAUGCAACAAGCUGUUACGCCACAUCAGCACAAGGAUUUCCAAGAAAGACUGAAUGUGUUUAGGCCUGGUGCUAGUACAACGGGCUCAACGGGUACACACGUUACGGAAGCUGACCUUGAGAGUUUAGCAGAUACUAUGAAAUCCGAGAUAACCUCGACCCUUAGCAAUCUUGUUGACACUAUUUUCGCAAGGUUUAUGCAGCAGAGGAGGUUUCUCGGUAAACCCAUUGAAGCAGCACAGGCGGCCGCUGAUCAACUCAACAAGGAUUUACUACUAGCGAGCCAAAUGUUGGAGAGAAAAUCACCGAGGACUAAAGUGGUAGACAGGGGUGCACCUCAGUCGAAUAGCGGCCCAAACGGGCAGCGGGGGCCCCUAAACGGCGGCCCCCCACCUCCACAAUCAGCCCCAUUUUCCCAGAUUGGGAGUCUCAGUGGUGGUCCACAUGGCCCCCUGUCUGGCCCAACGGAAAAUAAUCUCAAUCAAAUUAAUCAAUUACCGCCACACGCAAGGCCGAGUAUUGGCAUGUUUCAAGCACCAAAGCCACCGUCGAUAUAUGCAAUGGCAUCGAUGCAACAGCAGCAACAGGCGCAACAGCGUGAACAACAGGCGCGCGAACAGCAGAGAGAUCAGCAGUACUGCAAUAUGAGGAGUGAGGACAGAGAAGCGAGGGAACUUGAGCAGAACGAGGCUCUCUCGCUCGUGAUGACACCAAAGAAGAAGCGUCAUAAGGUCACCGAUACGAGGAUUACACCCCGUACGGUCUCCAGAAUUCUAGCACAAGAGGGUAAUGGUUCACAGGGUGGUAGUGAGAGUCCACCACCGCCACCUCCGCCAAGACCCUAUCCUGGGCCACCUCCAAUGCUGCCUGUAUCGUUACCAACCAGUGUUGCGAUACCAAAUCCAAGUUUACACGAGAGCCAAGUGUUCUCACCUUACUCACCAUUCUUCAAUCCCCACGCGGGUGAUCCUGGCCAAAUGCCACCAUCGCUUCAUCGCGCUGGUGCACCACGUCAUUUACCAGCGAGUCCACCCGGUGGUGGAGUUGAUCUUCGCGACUCACCACCCCUACCUCAUCCACCAGCGAUGCUGCAUCCUGCGCUACUCGCUGCUGCCCAACACGGAGCUAGUCCGGAUUACGGACAUCUGAGAAUGGACAGCAAUGACAGAGGUAGUGACUGCAACUCCGGCGACAUCAGUUACGACGGAAUUCAGCCUACAUCGUCGACAUUGACGCCGAUGCAUCUGAGGAAAGCCAAGCUGAUGUUCUUCUGGGUGAGGUAUCCGUCCUCGGCCGUCCUAAAGAUGUACUUCCCGGACAUUAAAUUCAACAAGAACAACACUGCUCAGCUGGUCAAGUGGUUCUCCAACUUCAGGGAAUUCUAUUACAUUCAAAUGGAGAAAUACGCGAGACAGGCUGUCUCGGAAGGUGUUAAAAAUGCUGAGGAUCUGAGGGUGGGCGGUGACUCGGAAAUAUACCGAGUAUUGAACCUCCACUACAAUCGUAACAACCACAUUGAGGUAUGGGGUCCACAGGUACCCGGUAACUUCAGGUACGUGGUAGAACAAACGUUAAAGGAAUUUUUCAAAGCAAUCCAGGGUGGUAAAGACUCGGAACAGUCUUGGAAGAAAGCAAUUUACAAGGUGAUAUCGAGGCUCGAUGAUCCAGUACCUGAGUACUUCAAGAGCCCCAAUUUCCUGGAACAACUCGAGUGAACCAGGCCAGCGCUGCGUUGCUCCGCGUGGUAGCCCGGUGAAUUAAAAAGAUACCUUAGACCUUACAAUUAAAUGAGGACAAAAGUCAUACCAAAAAGCAAUGAAAAUUAUGAAAAUGAAAAAAAACUAAUUUAAAAGAGAAUGUAUUCAUCGCGAUAUGGCGGAGUUUGCUACGGAAAGUGGCCAUUCGACGAUGGACCUUAUCCAGGUAUCCCUUUAGUAACAUAUCGUGAGAGAAGUAGGCGAAAAUUGAAGGAAGCAUGAGAAAGAAUUUUUAUGAUAAACGCAUGAACCCUAAAAUGCAUCAAAAAAUAAAAAGGUCAAAGGAGAAUGAGGAUCGACGUACAUUAAUUCGAUGAGUGAGGGAUUAUUUCCAGUAUCAAUUAAUAAAUUAUUUAUCAGGGAAUAUAAUAUAUUUGAAUCAACAUGUGCACGAAGUAGAUUCCUUCGCGCGCCAUUAUCCAUCAUCGAGUAAAAUCAAGACAAAUAAAUUGAGAAUGACGUUUAGCAGAGAUAACUAUGAUAGCCACCUCGGUACUUUAUUUAACAAUUCACUGAUUAUCAUGUAAUGUUCCUUACCACGUUCAUUAAUUAACCAGAGUCAAGUUUUGGUCCAAAGAAAUUCUGGAGUUCGAGCCUCGAGAUUGCCUCGUUGAUACUUUUUUUCAAAUUAGAGAGAGAGAGAGAGAUAAUUGAAUGAAAAAAAAAAUGAGAAAAAUUCAAGGAGUCCAUCAUUGCUCACUUCUGUACAGAACAAACGACCGAUGAUUGAUCCCUUGAAUUCGUUAACUGUGAAAAAAAUAAUUAACGACCUGAAACUGAUCACCCUGUUGCUUAGUUCCACGUCGUUUUGGUGGGGAUAAAUUAAAUUGAAUACCUGUGGAAAACAGCAGGGAUCGAUUGACUAAAUAAUUGAUUCUCAUCAAACUGGCUGUGCGUAUGAAGACUGGCGAUUAUUCGGCCAAUCAACGAUGCAUCCUGGGGAUUCAAUUCGGACUCUAGAUAUUUAAGAUGUGUAAAUAGUAUUUUUAGAGAUUAAUGAGUUUUUAAUUUUUAAAUGAAUAAUUGACAAACCGAGUGAAUGAUUGUACCAUUAAUUUCGAAAUUAAUGUACAUUUUUAUUGAUGAUAAUUCAGUCGUUAUGAAUAACGAAUAGCAGUUGGAUGGUGUUAGACUAGUCUGAGGGAUGAGAUUGUGAGAGUUAAUAGCGCGAAGGAAUAAUUAAGGGGACAAAUAGGCGUGGGUUAUAGUGGGAUGACAACAAUUAUUGAGGGAUAGUUAUACAUUGAACACUCACAUGGGCACGAGAUACAAUGCAUUAUAAAGUACACAGUAACAAAUGUUAAGAGACAAAACGCGGAAUUUUCUCUUAUUCAUUAUUUUCGGGGAAUUGCCAAGCACUUCCCCCUGAUUCUAUUAUGCGUGGUUUAGUCCUUUAUUUUUUUUUGUCACGUUGAUGUAACACCCUGUUGAUAAAUGAACAAACUGCAUUAUUUAAUUAACGAGGAAAAAUAAUAGAGAAGAGUACGAGAAUUAUGGGGGAUUGUGAAGCUGGGUGGGAGGUAUUUAAAUCCUCAUAAUUAAAUUAUACUUUUUAUGAAUUAUUACAUUUGUGUUUUGCAUAUCCUGUAGUAUUAUAAUUAUUUUUUAUUAUAAAUAACGUAUUUUUAUGGUUAUUAUAACGUCAUGUGGAUAAAUAUUCUGAUUAAUAAUUAUGAUCAAUUAAUUAUUAUGUUCUUAUUAUUUUCUCUCUCUCUCGCUUUGAUUAUCGUUUAUUAAUUGAUUUACUUUUAAUUGUGAAAAUUUAGGCGUUUAAGUUUCUGCAAUUGGUUUCCUUUUCCUCUUUAUUGAUGUGGGGUAUACCAUUCACCCAAUUACACACUAUUACUUUCGCUAAUUAACGGUGAGUCUUAACCUAGUCACGAAUCACUAUUUUAUUGAAUGAUUUAACCAAUUAUUAUU